UCGUUUACCCUCCAUGCUUUGAAUCUAGAUGGAAUGAUCACCAAAAGAAAAUGUUAUCUAAUUUUUAGCGGUUUCUUUUUUUUCUUUUUAACUUUAUGUGGUGGAGGAAGGGUUGUAUUUGAACGGCUGCAUGUAGUUGGUGGAUUUUGACAAUCAGGAAGACUCUCCAAUGCCAGAAAAAAGGUGAAAAGUUCAUACAUCAGUCUCCUGUGGGUUGGUUACUGUGAGUCAGUUCCAGAGCAAUCAUUUGAUUCUCGGUGCCUUAAUAAGAUGAAACUUAUGGACCUACAAAGCUGAGGACUGCCUCCCGAGCUGUGGUACUCACACUAUAAAGGGACACAGACAUGGGAAGCGAUAUUUCCAAACCUGAAUCCAACAAUAACAGACAAAGCACCCAGUCCACAGCGGCUCCGGCAGUUACCUCUGCACCCUGCCUGUCUGGCCACCCCAACAAAGAACAUUUGGUCUUGGCCUUUUUUGCUGGUGUUCUCCUGACACUGCUGCUCACGGCCCUCGUCUUCCUCAUCAUAAAGAGCUACAGAAAAUGUCACUCCCAUUCCCAGGCCCUGGAUCUUCCCUCAGAUCCUCCAGACAAGCUUUCACCCCCAGAGGAGGCAUAUACCUAUGCCAACAUGACUUUCAAAAUCUCAAAGGAAAAGAGCGAUCACCUGACUGAGAACCAUUCUGCAGGCUUGGACCCCAUUGUCUACUCUCAAAUUAAAGUGACAAACUCAACGUCCCUUUCCACUGAGGCUUGAGUCCCAUUCCUCUCAUCUCAGCUCCGUCUUCAUACAUCACCUUCCCUUUUAACAAAUUUUGGCCAACAGCCUGGGUCAAACCACAGUCGGAGUUGUCUGGGUGUGAUCUGCAAAAAUGGCCAGCCAUUUUGAAGACCAAGGGUCAGUCUUUUUCCCGGCCUGAGAAAAGAUUGCUGACCCGCCCACUUGGUCCAACAGCCUGUGAGCCCUUUUGAGGGCUGACACUGCCUCCCUUGUCCCCUUCCAAAGUGUGUGGCGCAGAGCUCUGGGCACAAAGAGCAUUCCCUCAGCAUCAUUGGUCACCUUGGGAGGAGUCUAGAGACCAUUACAAAUAAAAGCAAACCCUCCGCAA